UGUUGAAAAUGAGCCCAUGAGCACAAGUCACAAAAAGGAAAAUGUACUCUCAUCAGAAGCAGUAAAGAUUCCCCAGAUUGAGGAUAAAAGGAACCAUGCUGAGAAGCCAAUCACUCUUUCAAGGCAGGAAGAUCCCAAAAAGCCAAAUGACCUUUCGAGUUCCACUUCAGAUGCCAAAAUAGGAGAAAGUGAUAGACAGCCAAAAGAAAGCUUUUUUCAGUUUCUUGGUAACUUAUUCAGUAUCUCAGGAAAAUCAUCUCUUGGUGAAGCUAAGCAAACUUCUGUCAAAGAUGAACGUGAUAAAACUGAGAAGGAUUUACAGAAUCCUGUUGACCUUCAUGAGAAAGGGAUCAAAAGGGAGGGUGGCAUUUUCAGUGGCUCCCUGGGAACCCAAGCACUUGCACCAGAAGAAAAAGAGUCCAACUCAGCUGAACUCUCAGAUGCUUUUUCUGUGGGUACAACACAAGACAGUGAACAAGAAACCAGAGAUUUGCUAAAACAAAUUGAUGGUAAACCAGAGAGGCCUUCAGUAACAUAUGCAACAUAUCGAGGCCCCAGACAAAUUAGGAAAUAUUUAAAGCAACAGACCACAUUGGAAACCGUGAAACCCUUGGAAAGAGAAAAUGAAAGUUCUGACUCCAGUAUAAAUACACACACUAGCCCUGGAAGUGAGGUUGAGGCUGGGAUAGUGCCAUCCUUGUCUUCAGCUAGCACAGGCACAUCUGUGAAAGGAUAUUUGCUUGGAGGCCCAUUAGAAGACUCUGACUGUAGCGAAAUAAAUCUCAACACACAAAGCCAUAUGACAAAUGAACUAGAACUGCAGAAUAUUGCUUCUUCUAAAGAUGUUUUAAAUAAAAAUGGUCUUGGGGGACCUGAGAGAAGUAGGUCAUCCCCUUUUUCUGUGACUAACUCCAACUACACUGUUGGAGAAUCUGACUCACAGCACCAUUUAAGUUGUGUACCAGUUUCUCAGACUGACAGAAACUUGGUAUGUUCAGCAUUGUUUACAGGAAACAGCAGUAGCAAAGUCCCUUGCAGUCCAGUUUUUCAGAGGAUAACUACAACAGAAAAUACAAUAAAAGAAAACUGUUCUGUGAUUAGUGAUGAAACAUUGGUGCAAAAACAGGAGCAUGUUGAGCCUCAGAACCCUCCUCUUUCUGAUUUCUCUUGUAAAUCUGAUGGGAGGGACACUGCCAAACAGGAAAGUACAAAUUUGCCAAGUCCAAAGAAAUCAAUGAGGCAUGAAGAUCUGCAGUUGCCUGAGAGUAAGUGUUCUGACAAGCAAACCAUAGAUAACUCAUCAAAACAGGCUGCCAAUCACACCACUACCAGUGCUCUUCAGAGACAUGCUGUGACAGACACAGAACUUGUAGAUGAAGGAAAGAGGUUGUCUGCCCAAGACUUACAGAAAAAUUUGGCUGAUACAGAAAUUAGGCAAGAAAUAGAAAGUGCCUCAGCUGGUGAACACUCAACUUCAAGUCAUGUAAAAGCUGUAGAACAUAGGAUUGAGUCAUUACCUAAAGAUACUGACCGAUUAUUUGAAACAGAAGCCACAAAGCUUGAUUUUAGGCCACAUGACAAAACUCCUCACAUUAUAAGACUAAAUCAAAAGGACCCUGUCUCUGUAAAAUACAUCAGUGAAUCAGCAGUUGUAGCAUGCUUAGAAAAUAAAAUAACACCUGAAUUGAAUUUGGAACUUAAUAAAAAUCACAUUUUAGAAUCUCCUCUUGACUCUGAGAGUCCUCAUCAAGCCAAAGUAGCACUUGAUGCUAAUGCAUCUCUUACCCUUGACUAUAAAAAAUCAAAUUUCAAUACUUCACUUCCUACCGUUGUUUGUGGAGUUGACAUGCUGAGUAAGUUGGAUAUUCCUGUUUUAAAGAAUGAGGGUUCUUCUGUCCUCACUGAAACCGGGGAUGUCAAUACUGUUAGUGUUUCCUGUCAGCCUAGCAAGUGUCAAGAAGAAAAUGUGGCAAAUCGCAUUGCGGCUGCAGACAGGAAGAGUCCUCCUCCUUCCCAUCACCUUGAGCACGCAUCUGCACUUCUUAAAUACAAGGAAGUUCUUCCUGAUAGUGAAAACUGCCAGGUUCCUCUAGGUCCUGAAGCCAGUAGCACUCAUUUAGCUGGGGUGGACCCAUUCACUUUUGAGUCUAGAAGCUUCUCUAAGGCUCAUAGUUUUUCAUCUCAAGACCCUAAUAAAGCAGAGUUAAUGCCUUCAAGCAAUAAAAGAAGUAAGAGCAUGGUAGAGAAGUCUCAUUCUCUUUCCUUGGAUACCAAGACUGAUAAAAUUGCAAAAAUUUUAUCAAAAGCUGAAGUUGAUGGUCCGAACAAUGUUCCUGUUGAGUCACAUUCUGAAAAAGGAAAAACCAUAGCCUUGUCCAAGAUAUCUGUUUCCAAAACAGAGCCCAGAGACAUUUCUCAGGAUAAAAUUACUUCUUCUGCAUUCAAAAUUAUAGGUGAGCCAACAAAGCCUAUUUUAAAAGAAUUAACUUUUCUAGAGAUUGAACAGGACAGAAGUUUUCAGUUGAUGGAUCAUAAGGAGGUUAAAGAGAAGUGUUCACAUGCUGCCUUUAAAGAGAAUUGUCAAGCUGAGGUUUCUUCUUCUGACUCCAUAUAUCAAGGUAUACAAGAAACAAAGGUAGAUGUAGGCUCUCCUUCUGCCCUUCUUGAAAGUAAUAUAACUGGGAUUUUACCACCUGAUCAUGAUGAGAACGUUACUGGGAAGGUGGCACAGAAUUGUGGCACUAACUCUUGUAUGAUUCAUCAAGCUUUGGAUAUUUAUGGGACAAAAAAGGUUUCUGGUCUUUCAGAAAUGGCAAAACUCAGUUUAAGUAAUAUUUUCCCCAAAUUCCAAGAUGGCACAAAAGUAAAUUCACCAUUUCUGGGUUCUGAUAUCAGUUUGGAAAAAAAUGCUUUUACAUCUGAGGAUUCACACUUUCUUAAUGUACCUUUUGUGUUGAGAUCAGAAAACAAAACUUUAUCUCAUAGAAAGAAAGAGAACACUCAUUUUCUAAGUGGUAGCAUUAAUAGUGUGUCUUCUAGUCACUCUGAAGAAGUUAGCGUGGUUGUAAAUUCACAUAGUCCUCCAAAUAGUUUUGAUUCUAUAAAAGUUACCAAAGAUCUCACACAUGAAGGUGCCUCCUUAGCUAACCAGCUGUACCCUGGUAGCCCUUAUUUGGAAUUUGAAACACCUAUCACAAUAGGGGCAGAAGUGACCCAAUUUAAGGAACAUUUUGGGAUUCAUACUGGGAAAGUAUCUCUUGAUUUUCCAACCACUGCCCAAUUUGACAGUCCCUCAGAGGCAGAGACCGGAGCAGUUGCUGGGGCUCUGGCGUCAGUUAACAGCUCAAGCCACCAGUGUUCUGAAGCAUCUGCUGAGCACAUAGAAGCAAGGAGAAGAGCACAUGACCAACUUUUGAACCUCAAAAGUGGUUUACUCGAAAAGGUUGAUACAUUGGUUGAGAAUUUUAAUUCUGUCAGGGAAGAACUAAAAUCCAAACACAAAGUCAGUACCUGCCAGAAGCAUAUAGCUGUUGGUGGUGUAAUGAAUCCAGCUACCCUGAAAGAAGACAUCCCUGAGAAAAACCCAUCAGAAGUGACACUAACAGGGAUCCAAGUGUCAGAGUGUUUGGAAGAGCAGGGCAUUGGAAACAUGUCAGAAGUCACAGAAGAAGAGAAGACUUGUGUUUCACCUCCAGUUGGUGAGAAGAGUCUCCUUUUUGAUUCUGAUAGAAUGAAUGUACCUUGUUUGUUAGAAGAUCAAGCUAGGAAAUUAGUCAAUGAGAUUAUUUAUUCAGCCCAAGAAAAUUUGACAAUUGAUGCUUUUGAAGAUACUGAGGAUACCUGGGAAUCUGAACUUCAGGCUAAUACUUCAAAAAUUCUGAACAGUGGUAGUGUUAAGCCACAUGAAAUAGUUAGGGGGUUAUCAGAGCAGGCAGUAAAUCAAAGUACACAUGAAAUUAGUGAAAAUAAGUUAUCAAGUAGAUUUUUCUCUUUGGGUAACUUAGUUAGUGGCACAGAAUCAAUUAAAGGAAAAGAAAUUGUUGUCUACCAAAAAUCCCCAUUUUCUGGAACUGGAGCUGGACAAUCUGAUAGUGUCAAUUUGCAAGAGUCAGAUACUGUUGUACUAGCUGAAGACAUGUCCCAGAAAGGGUUAGAUGAUGGGGUAAAAACACAUUUAUUUCUCAAUGAGGACUGUAAAGAGACAACAGAAAUAGAGCAUAUGGAGAAUAACAAAACUGGGACAGAGAAUUCAAGAACUCUUGUAUUAAAUUUCAAAUGGCCUCCAUUUGCGAAUGAUGACAUCCAUGCACCUGGUACAUCCAAAAGCAGUUUGUCUGAUAGUCUUGUGUGUAUAUCUGAAAAAAGCUUGCCGGGACAUAGUAAAAGCACACCCCAUGCAAUGUCAGAGUUAGGGAAAGUACACAAAAAGGAUAAUGAAGUAAAUAUAGGAAAAGUUGAGGUUAUACCUUCCAUGUUAGAAAUGGGAAAAGCAAACAAAAAGGAUGCCGAAUUGAAUGUUAUGAAAUGUGAGGCAGCUCAUCCUAUGUUAGAAAUGGGAAGAGCACAUAAGAAAGAUACUGAUUUGAAUAUCACAAAAACUGAGCCAUGUGCUGAUGUCUUUAAAAUGGGAGAAUUAUUCCAAGUGGAUGCUGAGAAAUACGUUGAAAAUGAGGGAUUACCCAUCAUUUUAGGAAUGGAAAAAGCUUAUAAGAUAAGUGAUACUGAAAAGGAUAUUGGCAAAACUGAGGUGGUGCAUGUUAGGUCAGAAGUGAAAAAUAUCUGCCAAAAGGAUGCUGAAGGGGAUAUUGCAGAAACCAAGGUGACACCUGUUACAAUAGAAAUGGGAAAUAUUUACCAAAAGCAUGCUGAAGGAGAUGUUGGCAAGACUGGGGUGACAUCUGUUAUGUCAGAAGUAGAAAAUAUCUAUCAAAAAGAUGGUGAGGGGAUUACUGAAAAAGCUGAAGUGAUACCGGUUGCAUUAGAAAUGGAAGAUAUUUACCAAAAGGAAGAGGAAGGAGAUAUUGCAAAGACUGAAGUGAUACCUAUUAGGUUAGAAAUUGAAAAUAUUUGCCCAAAGGAUGCUGGAAGAGAUAGUGGCAAAACUGAGGUGAUGCCUGUUAUAUUAGAAGUAGUAAAUAUUUACCAAAAAGGUGCUCAAGGGAUUACUGGAAAGACUGAGAUGCCUAUGUUGCAAGUGGAAACUGCUUGCCAAAAGGAUGCUGAAGAGGUUAUUAGGAAUGCUGAAAUGGUACCUUUUGUGUUAGAAGUGAAAGCACACAAGAAGGUAGCACCUGCCUCCUUAGAAAUGGAAAAAGCAUGCCAGAGUGAUGCUAAAGAGAAUAUUGGAACGAUUGCAUCCAUGUCCUCUGUGAAAAUAAUGGAAAGAGCAUCCCCAGAUGAUUCUGAUGGGAAUAUCGGGAAGCAUGAAGUGUUAUCUGCGGUGGUAGACGUUGAGCAAACAUAUGGGACAGGAAUGGAAUUGACCAUUAUGCAAGUGGAUGCCAUGCUUCCUGUAUUUAAAACUGAAAAAGCACCCCAAGAGUCUGCUGAAGGGAGUGUUGAAGAAAUGGAGGAAGAGCCCACUGAAAUAAAGGAAGGCUUGAUAGCAUAUAACAAUAGACUUGACUUACAUUUCAGGGGAUAUCAAUCACCUACAUUAAGUAAGGAUUAUGAGGGCUAUCCAGCAUUAGUAAUGCCAGAUUUUCAACCUGAGGAUACCAUAGUAAGUGUAGACAAAAGAAUGUCCGUUAGUGCAGUAUACAACAGAAGGAGAGAUCUAGAUUAUAGCAAUGAAAAAGAAGAAUCUAAUUUAGCCUUCGUUUCUCAGGAGGAACAAGAACAUUCUUCCUUUACUAUAUUAUAUGAAGAGCCCCUUCAAGACGAGGACAAGUAUGCUUCAGCAGAAGUAAGAACACAGCCUGUCUUGUUUCCUGACGUGUCCCCUGACAGCAUGCCUGUUACAGCAUGUGAAAGGUCUGAGAGUAGAACUGACCUUGUUCAUCAUUUUGAAAAAGAUACCAAACUAGGUGAGCCAUUUGAUAGUGAUGGUUCAGAAAUGUUCUUAUCAGUGGAGGCCAAAAGGUACAAAGUUUAUCCUUUAGCUUUGUCUCCCAUUUAUGAGGAUGACAGCUCACAGGAGGACAUUCUAUCCAGUGAGGUCUCACCUGGUCACCGUGGCUCCACAAAAUCAAGAGAGAGUGAAAACCAGUCCUCUUCUGUUUUAUCACUUCUCCAGUCAGUAUCAGAGCGUCUGAAGAUGAAUUUUGAUGAAGAUGACAGACAGGGAUCAGAGGAGGAAGUAGAGGAGGAAGCAGCAGCAUUGCGCAAGAGAGAUCUGAGAGCUCGAAGGAGGGAGCAUGUUACCUUCCAGUUGCCAGAUUCUUCCAUCACAUUUUACCCUGAUGAUGACCAGGAAAGCACUGGAAUUUCUAAGAAUUCAUGUGUAAUGUCAAAUGAAGCUACUACCUCCAAUCCGCAAAUUGGUCUGUGGCCAGAAAAGGCCACAUUUCUGCAAAAAUCUGACCUUACUUCUAAACUACAUUCUUCUUUAAAGAGUGCAUAUCAUCAGUAUUUGCAGACUUCCAAAACUCACUCAGAAAAAGGAGCCAGAUUUGGUGGGAUUUUCCAGGAGCCAGUGUCAAGAUAUUUCCGUGUUCAAGACAAAUCAGACAGAUUGAGCCCAUUCAUAGAGAAUGUUGACAAACAAACUUUAAGAUGUAACCCAAGACCUGGGAAGAUGAUUAUCUAUGAUCUCCAUGGAAGUAAAUAUAAACAAGAGAUCUACUGUAAUAUUCCUGAUGCCACAUCAUGGUGCUUUCCGAAUGGGGUACUGAUAAAAGUUGUAAGGGGCUGCUGGAUUUUAUAUGAGAAACCACAUUUCCAAGGUCAGAAAUAUGUUUUAGAAGAAGGGGAGAAGGUGUUAAAUCGUGACUGGAUUCUUCAGAAUAGAAGGCAUCCACAAAGAAACUUUGUAUUGGGUUCUAUCAAACGUGUCUUAAAGGAUUGCAACAUUCCAGAGAUACAGCUUUGCCCACAAUCUGACCCAGCACAAUGUCCUAUCUACAUACAGCGAGCAGUCCCCAAUUUGGAAGAACUGAAUAUCCCCAAAUCUGUGUCCUUCACUGUAAAGUCAGGAGUUUGGCUUGCCUACCCAGAUAUUAAUUUUAAGGGGCAAGCUACAGUUUUGGAGGAAGACCGUGGGCUCUUUGAGAUUUCUGCAGCGGAAAUGAAAUCAUUGCAGCCGCUUCAAAUGGGUGGACUGAAAGUGGAAAUGCCUAUGAACUUAAAGGUUAUUAUUUAUGAAAAACCUCACUUCCAUGGACAGUCCAAAGAGUUUAGUGAACAUAUAGAUUCUGUCCCUAAUUUUUUAAAAAAUGAUGAGGACUUUCAUGGAAUUGGAUCAGUUCGUGUCAUCGGUGGAGUGUGGGUUGCCUAUGAAAAAGAACAUUUUAAAGGACAGCAAUUCCUGCUUGAAGAAGGAGACUUUGAAGACAGUAAUGCAUGUGGGGCAUUAAGUGGCCCCAUCUUGUCUUUCCGAUAUUUACAAGCUAAUUUUAUAGAAUCUUCUAUCACAUUGUUUGAAUCUGACGUAGAAAGUGGGAAGUUUAUUGACAUUACAAAUCAGGAAAUUUCUGACUUAGAAGAAAUUGGCUUUGGCAGUGAAACAAGAUCCAUUUACGUUAGAAGUGGAGUAUGGGUUGCCUACCAGCAGAAGUUCUUCUGUGGAGAACAAUAUGUUUUAGAGAAAGGGAAAUACAAAUGUUUUUUUGACUGGGGAGGAUCAAGUAAUAUAAUCAUGUCAAUACGACCUAUCCAACUGGAACCACUUGGGAUAAAUGAGCCUCCACAUUUGCUCAAAGCAUUCAGUAAACCAGGCUUCCAGGGUGAAUGUAUAGAUUUUACAAAGGACAUUUCUGAUUUGACUUCAUUCACGCCAUGUUCUUUUAAAGUUCUUCGGGGUUGCUGGCUGCUGUAUUACCAGGAGGACAUUUUUUAUAAUCAGUGUGUAUUAGAAGAAGGCCUUUAUGCUGACCUUACUUCCUGUGGCUGCCCAACAUCUAGAGUCAAAUCCCUCAAGCCCAUUGACUAUGUUUUUGAAGAACCCUCUAUCAGCCUUUUUGCUCUGGAACAUUGUGAGGGAAGAGAGUUACAUCUAGAAGAGGCUGUGAACUCUGUUUUGAACAAGGACCUUCACUUCUACACCCAGUCUGUGUGGGUAAAAAGUGGACUAUGGAUAGCUUAUGAAGGAUCCAAUUUCUUGGGAAGACAAAUCCUACUUGAGCCUAAUGAGAUCCCAAAUUGGACAGCAUUCAGUGGAUGGAAAACAAUUGGUUCCCUCCGUCCUAUGAAGCAGCCUGCAGUAUACAUUAGAAUAAAGAACCGAGGCCAAAAUGAGUAUCUGACAGUCACUGGAAACCUAGCUGACACAAGGGCAGCAUCUGUGUGCAUUUCUCCCUAUAGUGGAAAGAAUACUCAGAUCUGGCACUACUGUCGAGGACUCUUUAAAUCCAAGGCCAAUGAUAUGUGCCUUGAUGUGAUUGGUGGCCGGGACACACCUGGAGCUAAAGUAGCCCUAUGGACUGAACAUGGGCAAUUCAGGCAGAAGUGGAGACUGAAUAAAAACGGAACCAUCAGCUCUUAUCUCAGUGACAAACUUGUCCUUGAUGUUAAAGGAGGAAAUUAUUGUGACAAAACUUAUGUAAUUGUAAAUCAGCCCGUAGAGGGAGAAGAAACACAGAAAUGGGACAUUGAAAUAUUGUGAGAGAAUCAACAGCACCCAUAGGAAGAGCAAAGGAAGCUACUGUCCUCCAGUCCUGGAUCACUGAGCAGAAUGAACUUCUUCCCCAAGCUCCAAGACGACUGCUGUUAACAAUGGAAAAGCUCAAAAUAUUCUUGCCAGUUAUUCCAUGUUCCUAUGAAGACAAUGUUAUGAUUUCUGGGAAAGGUUCUAUUCCUGAUUGAUCUCUAGUUAUGGUGAGCAAGUUUGCUGAAGUCUGUAUUUUCCUAUCUACCACAUGAAUCCUAUUCCUGAUAGCCCAUUACAGGACACUGGUCACCCACCCCGUAUUAUUAUCCGUAAUAUUAUAUUAUUAAUAUCCUACUAGAUGCUUGUAUGUGUGCAAAGCACAGGGGAAAAAUUCCUAUAGGUCAAGUCAAACUUUUGCAAAAAGAUGAGUAAUUUUUAGCAAUACCUGAAAAACGUAUUUAAUUAACCUUAAUAAGCUGCUAUUUAGAUAAACCUUAAAGUUUCUGUACUGAGGCUUUUCUAACUAACUGAAGCACCCCAUAAGUAUUUAUACUUGUAACUGACUCAAGAGAGGGACCUCAGCUUUGUUAGGAAAAAAGCACAAAUACUGGGAGUAUUUUCUCUUUCUAUUCUUUCCUCAGUCCUUUAAACUAAAAAAGUACAAAUAACCUAUGGCCAAUCUUGCACUCUGUUAACAAAGACAUCCCUUUAGGCGAAAAGACUGGUUACCUACCCUGGUGCUGAGACCUCACCCUAAAUUUUGCCUGAUCUGUCCUCAAGGAGAAGUAAGUGUUUAUAAAGACUAUGUCACUUAAAGAAAAAAUUGCCUACUCUUAUACUGUCUGCCUGAAGCAAAGGGAAAUCUCAAAUCUUCAAAUUAAAAUGAAGUAGUAUUUGAGCCCUGACCUUACCAUCUUACUUUGCAAAUAAAGAUGGAGUUGAUUUCUCUACCAAAUGAUAGAAAACUCAGUUUUUCACUUGCAUUCAUUUAAGCAAAAUCAGGUAGGACAUCAUCUUUGACUUAGUUUCCAGUAAUCUUUACCAUCUUUAACUGCACAAUUAACAAGCAUUGUCCUUCCUGAGUUGGAUUUAAACUUACAUCAAGACAACUGUUCCUUUCAUCCCCAACUUUUGUCAGAGAGCAAGGAAAUGCUCUAGUUUUAGAUAGAAAUGUUAAAUUCUCCAGUGAUAUUUAAAAUAUCAACUUAUAUGCACUUUAGAAUGUAAAAUGACAGUGAAUAGUUUAAACUUAAAGACCUACUAUUUUGAGUAUUUUUUAUAGACUUGGUCUUUCCAUGUAAAUAUUUGGGGGUUUUUUUCCCUCCAAUCUCAGGUUCUUCUCUUGUCAUAUUUUAAGCAGCAUCUGUAAAACUCCCUGCUGUCCAUAGAUGUUGAAUGUUCCUCAUUGGAGUGGCAGUAUUAUUUAAUGAAACUUAUGUUACAGGGAUAACUUUAUUUUAAUGGGGGUGGGGUCUAUGUAUACACAAAGAUAUGUAUAUUUUCACUGUAAAAAACCAAGUUAAAAAUUUUUCUUCUUCAUGUUAACUGUUUAUAAAAUUUUUCUAGAGCCAAGGAAGCUCUCUAAAGAACUUGUUUCUUCCAAAGAACAAAGAUAAAGCCAGGUUAACAACAUUUAAUUCUAAAUGAUUUAUUGGAGUUUGUGCCUUUCCUACCACACUGAAUUAAAUAAACUUGUUAAAAGUA